AUGGCCGCUGAAACUCUGGGUCAGGAGAAAAGCCUACGUGUCCUGGCACAUGUGGAAGAUAACGACGGCAUGGAGAUUGAGAUCGAGAAGCAUGGCCAAAGACCCGAGUUGAAGCUCGAUGAGCAUGGCCUCCCUCUUGUGCCCCAGCCUACCGAUCACAAGGCUGAUCCACUCAACUGGCCCAAGUGGUACAAGUACUAUGUGCUUUUCUUGCUGUGUCUCCUUGCUUUCUGCGUUCAAUUCGGAGCUGGCAUGGUACCAGCAGCUUUUGGAGUGAUUGCAAAAGACUUUGGAGUUACUCACCAGCAGGCCAGCUACCUGACGACGUCGUAUACGCUCUUUGGUGGAAUCACUCCUCUGCUCUUGACUCCGUACGUCAAUAUGUAUGGUCGGAGGCCUGCUUAUCUGAUCUUUACUUUGAUCGCCAUCGGUGCAAAUGUCGGGUCAGGAUAUGCUUCGACCUAUGCUCGCGAGAUCGUCAGCCGCUGCUUUGUCGGAAUUGGCGCCAGUGUUGCUUUGGCCAUUGGCGGUGCCACUAUUUGUGAUAUGUUCUUCCAAGGCGAACGUGGAAAGUACAUGGGAUUUUACGCUCUGGCUGUCACCAACGGACCCCAUUUUGGUCCCAUUGCCGGUGGCUAUAUCGCGCUGAACCUGGGGUGGCGAUGGAUCUUCUUCAUCAAUGCCAUCAUCUUCGGCGUCGUCCUGGCCAUCUUCUUGGUCUCCUUUCCCGAGACGCUCUUCUCGCGCACGGACUUCAGCAAGCUUGAGAACCAAACCUACUGGCAUAAGAUGGCGUUCCGCGGCAAGGUUCUGGAUCGCAAGUUGAGCCUAUCGGAUUUCUCAGCCAAUUUCAAGAUGCUCCAAUACGUGGCCAUCACGAUCCCUUGUAUCUACUACAUGACAACCAACACCUAUGGCUCGAUUGUCUUCGUUCUCACCGCGUCGUCCAUCACCGAGAGGCUCUACGACUUCAACACGGCGCAAAACGGUCUCCUGCUGGGUAUCCCGCUCACGCUCGGCUGUCUGAUCGGAGAGUCAUGCACCGGUUGGAUCUCCGACCAAUUGAUCAACCGCUAUGCACGCCGCCACGAUGGAUACAGGAAGCCCGAGGCUCGUCUGUACCUUUGUUUUCUGGGUCUCUUCCUGCCCGCAGGACUGAUCAUCCAUGGCCUCUGCGUCAACAACGAGACCCCGUGGAUCGGUCUCGCCGUCGGCAUGACGGUCGCCAGUAUUGGUGUCCAGGCGGGCACGACGUUGACCUACGCCUACUGCACGGACUGCUACAAGCCCCAAGCCGCCGAAGUGUCGACCAUCAUCAAUCUGUUCCGUCAGAUCUUCGCCUUCACUAUCGGUUUCUACGCACUGCCCUUUGGCGAGGGUGUCAGCUUUGGCGCCGCCUGGGGAACCUUUGCGUCCAUCAACUUCAUCACAUGGUUGGGUCUGCUGCUUCUCAUCUGGAAAGGCGAAAAGAUCAGGAAGGCACAAGGCGAGCCCAAUUUGCACAAGGAUUUGUGA